AUGUCCUCGUCGAGCGAUAACCAGCAGGCCAUCAACUGGGGCAUCCCUCUUGAUUCGAGUGGACAACCUCUUGAUGAUCAUAAUAACACGUCCACUAUUAUCACCGCAGCCACGACGGUCUCACUGAUUCUGCUGGGUCUAGCCUUAAUCUUCACGGUGCUCAAGGUGACGACAUGGAUGCGGACACAGUCAGAGUACAGUCGUCUGAGGGCAGUCAAGGCAAGGGUCGCCUAUCUCGAACAUCUCGAGCUCUCUAAACCCAACCAGCAGCUUCCUCGCACCCAAAACAGUCUCGGCACGCCUCUCCCGGACUCCAUCGCCACUCCAGUCCAUCGGAACCUCCAAGUGGCUAAUCAAGAGACGAAGAAACUGCGAAAUUUGUUCGAUAUUGAGGAGUAUGAGGGCACACCGGCUUGA